CGCCCUUUCCUCUCGACGCCGCUUGAUGACGCCUUUGGGCGGCGCCGGCGGCGGCGGUGGCUCCUGAGAGAAGGAGGCGGCGGCGGCGGCGGAGGAGGAGGCGGCGGCGACGCUUCUGGGAGCCGGAGCGAGAGGCCCCUCUCCCGGCCCCGCUGCCGGACACGGCACAUUGGAACCAUGAAGGAAACGACUCAAGACAAGAAGUAUUGGGGGUCCUCCCAUGGCCUCCGGGGUCCCACGGGUCCUCCGGGCAAGCUGCGCAGGUCUUCCCAGGAGUGGGGAGAGCAAGAACAUAAGCACGGUGGUGGCUUUGAAGGAAGUCGGCACCUGGCAUAUGGCAAGGAGCAGCCUUUGGGCUUUGGCCCUCUGUCCUCUGGCAGUGAAGAAGAUGAAGAGGAUGAUGAAGGAGGAGGAGGAGGAAAGUGGGAUCUUCCCAGCAUGUCCAGUUGGGGGGUUGCAGGAGGCACAUCUGACUCGUCCAGGAGCAAAGCCUCCCGGGGAAAGAUUGCAAGGAGUGGGGGCAGAGCUUGGCCAUUUGAAGUAGGAACAGGCUCCAACCCCAGGGGGCGCCCACAGAUGCUGGGGACCCCCAAGCGACGCUAUUUCCGCCGCAAGCGCCAGCGUGCCUGGCGGGCCCUCCGCAUGCUGCUGUACUCAAAGAGUUCCUCCCUGGCUUUCCACUGGAAGCUUUGGGGCAAGAUGGCAUCUAAAGGGCGCCGGCGAGGAGGGCCGAAGCGAGCCCGGUCGUCCCUCUCCCUUUCCCCUGGCUCCCAGCCUGAUGACGAUCACCUUCCCCUUUACAAGAAGAACUGCCUCCUAGGGAUGGGGGACUGUCCGGCAGGGGGAGCCAAGCGUCGGCCCGGCCCCUCUGAGUCACACUUGGACUACGAAUUGGAUGGGGCUUUUCCCACCUCUGUGACCUCGCCUCAAGCGUCCCGCCUCAGCUUGCUAGGAGCCCUGAUAGAUGAAACGUCCCCCUAUCCUCAGUAUGUGGAGCUUCAGGGGGUCAGCUUUGACAAAGACCCUGGAGCGAUGGAGAUCGACGAAGAAGCAGCUGCCAUGCUCAAGUACCCUGCUGGGGGAGCCCACGCCUCCCCCCGGACUCGGAGGCUGAGAGAGGCACAGCAUAGCCUGGACGGAGAUGGAGGGUCCCUGGACGCCCUUCCCAAUGGCUUUGGUUCCCUUGCUUCCGACGGGGAUAUAUGCUCCCUUCCUGGAGUCACAGAUGCUACUAUCCUCAUCAGCAACGUCUGUAGCAUUGGAGGCCACGUGGCCGAGGAGCUCUUCCACGGCCCGCGAGACAAGGACAGGCUAGAAGCAGGGAGCCAGCAGGCGGAGCUGCCCAUGGAGGGUGGCCCUGAACACAGUCCGCUGAAGGAGGAACACCUCACCUGUGUGCAAAACAUCUUGGACGAGUUCAUGCAGACGUACGGCAGCCUCAUCCCCGUCAGCACAGACGAAGUCGUGGAGAAGCUGGAGGACAUCUUCCAGCUGGAGUUCUCCACGCCUCAGAGGAAGGCCAUGGUCCAUCAGCUGAUUCAGUCCUACCAGCGCAUGCCCGGCAACGCUGUGAUGCGGUCCUUCCGGGUCACCUAUAAACGUCACGUCCUCACCAUGGACGACCUGCAGACGCUCUACGGGCCGAAUUGGCUCAAUGACCAGGUCAUGAACAUGUACGGGGACCUCGUCAUGGACACAGUUCCAGAGAAGGUUCAUUUCUUCAACAGUUUUUUCUACGAUAAGCUACGAACCAAGGGGUACGAGGGAGUCAAACGCUGGACCAAAAAUGUGGAUAUCUUCAACAAGGAGCUGCUUCUAAUUCCGAUCCACCUGGAGGUCCACUGGUCUCUGAUCUGCGUGGAAGUGAAGAAGAAGCAAAUCACAUACCUGGAUUCCCAGCGCACCCUCAACCGGCGGUGUCCCAAGCACAUCUGCAGGUACUUGCAGGCUGAGGCGGACAAGAAGAACCGGCCAGACUUCCGAGACGGGUGGAGAGGGAUUUUCCAGAUGAACAUUGCCAGGCAAAACAAUGACAGCGAUUGUGGUGCUUUCGUCUUGCAGUAUUCCAAAUACCUGGCGCUGGGCCUCCCCUUCUCGUUCACGCAGCAAGACAUGCCGAAACUCCGCCGCCUGAUGUACAAGGAGAUGUGUCACUGCAAGCUGACUGUGUGAAGAGGGUCUCUGCCCGUGCAGCCCCCCCACGCACGACCCCUUCCCUAAGCUGGGAGUGCCCCCCCCCCAGAAGCCCUGCCUCACCUGUCUGGGGGUGUACACGAGGGUGCUGGGGUGACUGGAACUCUUGAGGUUUGACCAGUGGACUCCUUUUGGGGGGAAUGUGUUUUCAACCCCAGUUUGCCCCCCUGUUUAUCUUUUUAUCUUCCUGGUCUUUUCCCCCCCUUUUUUUCAUAUUUAAACCUAACCCAGGGUGGGGGUUUUGUAUGUUGGUUUUUUUGAGGAGGGGCCGGGGUGGCUGGCACCUGCAGCAAACCCACCCUCCGGCAGUCCUCCGCUCCAAGCAGAAGAGAGACGGCGGAGCCCUGAAACAAGGACCAGGGCGAGGGAGAAGGCGUUCCGCUCCCUCCCCUGACUUUCUUGCCUUUGUUGCUUACUCGUGUUAGUGAAUAAUAUGUGGGUCCCCCCACAAAGGGGCUGGGAGUUGGAAAGGAGGGGUGGGCUGUGGGAGGGGUCAGGUUUAUACACUGGGGCCGAGAACUGAAACAAGUUUUUUUUUAUACGAUGGCUACCGUUGUGGGUAAUAAAAAGCAUUCUUUGGAGAAUCA